ACGAGCUGAAAGAAUCCAACAUGGCAGGACGGGAACGCAAGCAAACAGACUUGGAUAAAGGAAUUGUGAUCCCGGAUGACUGGCCCGGGUACCCGCUGGACCUGUUCAACUCUCCCGAGCAUUACUGCGAGGAUCUGGAGUGCGUCUACAUCCCACACGGAGUUAUCAUGGAUAGGACAGAGAGACUGGCCAGAAAUAUCAUGGAUGAUCUUGGAGAUCAUGACAUCGUGGUGCUGUGUGUGCUGAAGGGAGGUUAUCAGUUCUGCGCUGACCUGGUGGACUGCAUCAAAGUCCUGUGCCGACACUCCAACAAGACCCUUCCCAUGAGGGUGGACUUCAUCCGGCUCAAGAGCUACCUGAAUGACCAGUCAACUCAAGAUCUUCACAUAGAAGGAGCAGAGAACCUGUCUGUGCUGAGUGGAAAGAACGUCCUGAUUGUGGAGGCCAUCGUGGACACUGGAAAGACCAUGAAGACUCUGCUGGAUCACGUUGAAGCCUUCAGCCCUAAGAUGAUCAAAGUAGCUGGUUUGCUGGUGAAACGGGUGCCCAGUGGUACAGGAUAUCUGCCAGACUAUGUUGGAUUUGAGAUCCCCAAUCGUUUUGUGGUCGGCUAUGCCUUGGAUUACAACGAAUACUUCCGAGAUCUCAAUCACAUCUGUGUGAUCAGUGACAGAGGGAAACAGAAAUACAAGAUCUGAAGAAGAUGAUCUCACUCGUACAUGAGUAUCUGAAGGCUGACUGGAGGAUGGAAGGUGUCCGUGGAUCUCACACAAUGUGUUAUCAAACACAAGAUCUCCUGUUCUCCUCCUUGCCUUCGAAAUGGACUGGUUUCACUGGUUAGAAAUUAAGUACUGGGUUACAACUGACUGAAUACCGCAUGUACCCUAUGCAUAGAGAAGUAAGCAGAAAUAGCACACUAACAUACUACUCUCGCUGUAAUAUAUAUGUUAGCAUGCUAUUUAGUCAUUAAAGGGAUAGUUGAACAAAUGUUUCAUUGGUUUGGAAUGACAUGAGGGUGAGAAAAUGAUGACAGAAUUUCCAUUUUUGGGUGAACUGUCCCUUUAAGACUAAGUGCGUCUCAUUUUAACAAGUGGCCUGGCUGUCAUUACAAUGCAAAUAUGAAUUGUGUACCAUUCAAUAAUGGAAAGCUGUUUACUUAUACUGUUAAUUAUAAAUACUUCACUUUCAAUUAUUCACCAGCAGAAGCUAUAAUAUGUGAACUACAGCUUAAGAAAUUGUUGGCCAACUUUUGUGGAAGUUUACAAUUAUGUGAAUGUUUAUACAUUUUAUAACAUUUCCAU